GGAGUGAAAGCGAAAGCCCAGGCGGCGAACAGGGAGACCGGAGACCUAGCAGCAACUGGAGCAACAUGGCCAAGCCUUGUGGGGUGCGCCUGAGCGGGGAAGCCCGCAAACAGGUGGAUGUCUUCAGGCAAAAUCUUUUCCAGGAGGCUGAGGAAUUCCUCUACAGAUUCUUACCUCAGAAAAUCAUAUACCUGAAUCAGCUCUUGCAAGAGGACUCCCUCAACGUGACUGACAUGACUUCUCUCCGGGCCUCGCUGGACAUCCCCAUCCCAGACCCUCCACCCAAGGAUGAUGAGAUGGAAACGGAUAAGCAAGAGAAGAAAGAAGUCCCUAAGUGCGGCUUUCUCCCUGGGAAUGAGAAGGUCCUGGCCUUGCUUGCCCUGGUUAAGCCAGAAGUCUGGAUUCUCAAAGAAAAAUGCAUUCUGGUGAUCACAUGGAUCCAGCACCUCAUCCCCAAAAUUGAGGAUGGAAAUGACUUUGGGGUGGCAAUCCAGGAAAAGGUGCUGGAGAGGGUAAAUGCAGUCAGGACCAAAGUGGAAGCCUUCCAGACAACCAUUUCCAAGUACUUCUCAGAACGUGGGGAUGCUGUGGCCAAGGCCUCUAAGGAGACCCACGUAAUGGAUUACCGGGCCCUGGUGCACGAGCGAGACGAGGCAGCCUAUGGAGAGCUCAGGGCCAUGGUGCUGGACCUCAGGGCCUUCUAUGCUGAGCUUUACCAUAUUAUAAGCAGCAACCUGGAGAAAAUUGUCAACCCAAAGGGUGAAGAGAAGCCAUCUAUGUACUGAGCCCAGGGUUAGAAGGGAAAUAAAUGACCUAUACUUUGUGUGGA